GUGAUUCUGUGAACCAGGUCCCCCUGUCAUUUCUUUUCCUUUCUAGGAUUGUCUGUCCACCUCAGAGAAAGGUAGUUUCUACAGCUGUGUCCAUCUCUGCAAGGGAAAUAAAUUAAAUGUAUUUUCCUGAAGGCUCACUUUACUGUGCAGUCUCAAAUCUGUUAGCUUAUGCUUUUCCUCAUGCCAUAGACGGGGAGAAGAAACAAAGAAUAAAGAAAAUUAUUCCAGAAAUAGAAAUAAAACAUUAAUUCUAGAAAACUGAGUGGAAGAAAAUAUCAUCUGAGAUGUAGCCUUUGUCAAAAGGUCCUUCUAGUUUGGUGGCUUUGAGCUCUCAGACCAAACAAUCUCUUUGGGAAGUUGUCAUGGAAGGUAAGAGCCAACACCCUGACAUAUCCUAGCUGAGGUGCCAACUUCGAGCAGAAGCGCUUGCUUCUUUUGGAUGAGCGAGCAAUUUGCCAGCUCUAAGAUGCAAGUCCACCUUCUGGUUUGCUUUCAGCACUUUGCUUUUUGUUUGGUUUGCUUUUUGCUUUCUGUUCCCAGUAGGAAAACUAAAGUGUGAUCACAAAUCUGCUGCUGAAAACAGCUGCUUAAACUAAAGGACAGCCUCAAAGCUGUAAAACUUUUUAAUCAGUUCUAUGUUUCAAGCCAGAACCUAGUGUAAUCAGGAAUUAAAUAUUGUCUUUCCAAAAGAAGAAGAGUUCUAACAGAGUUCUAUAAAAGUGUCUGCAUUUUCUUCAGUAAUGGCGAAAACAAAUAUAUGCCAGUCAGGGAGGGUAGAAGUGAGGUAAGGAGGAAGGAAGCGAAUACAGCAGUGAGUGAGAGAGGAACAUUUUCUGGGCAGUACUGUGAUUGAGGAAGCUCAGAUGUAUCUGGAUGUCUUUACUGCUUCAUUUGUGCCUGCCAGUAUAGGGAAACCCCACAAAGGGGUAGAUUUUCUUCCUAGCUUACUAGCUGCAAAUGCUAGAUCCUUUUCUACCUAUUUUUUCUGACGCUUUUCUUUUUACCAGCUAUGACAGAAGAAGUAACAUAUGCCAAUCUGAAAUUUGAAAACAUCUAUGACCUGGAUAAUAUCAGAAAGCCUGAAGAUACUAAGGGAAAAGGGCUUCCCACCUCGUCACGCUCUUUCUCGCCAGUAGUCCUGAUUUUGUUCACGCUGUGCCUGGCUUUGCUGAUGGCGUUGGUGACCCUGGCAGUUUUACUUUUCCAGAUUCCCAAGGACUACAGGACACAACUUAGAGACCUCAACAUGACAAAGAAUGAACUCCAUGCAAAUUUCUCAAAUAUGUUGCAAGCAAUAGGAAAUCAGCUGUGCUUGGAAGGGGGAAAAAACCUGAAAAAUAACGGCCAGAAUUGUGUACUCUGCCCUGCAAACUGGAAGUGGGAAGGUGGCGAUACGUGUUACUACCACUCCGAGGACCAGAAGUCGUGGGAACAGAGUCACUUGUUUUGUUCCUCACAAAACUCUACUAUUCUUCUGGUAAAAGAUGCAGCAAAGCUGGUAUGGACUGGUUUCUCACUCUUGUUCAGCAUGGGGGAAGUUCAUACACCCUAUCAGCUACUCAAUUCACACACAAUUUUCUUAAAUGGUACUGUGAGCAGGAGUUUUUCUACAGUGAUCAGGUUGUCCUGGGCAGUGCUGAGGUGUAGUAGGACUGGUCAUCGCCACACAAGGCGCUGCCCUUUGAGGGGAUGGCGGUUGGAGACAGCCCAUCUUGCCACGGCUUGCCAUGGCUGGCUAUUUACUGGGAUGACCAGUGAAAGCAGGUUCAUGGCUGUUUUGUCAUGGGCAGUGACUUCACUAAUUUAACAAGUAUUACAGAUCCAUACAAGGAUUUGGUAAGACAUUAGUUUGAAAACCUGGUCUCCCCAUAAGCAAACCAUAGUCCUCCCCAUUUUGAUGAGUUGAUCUCAUCUUUUAAACCAAAAUUAAAAGACUUGGCAGCGAGUUGCUGAAAUCUGUUCUAAUCUUCUGGUAAGUUAAAAUCAACUGAGGUGGGAAGAGAAAAUGCCAGGUGUAGAGUGAAAUAAUGCUUUUGACUCUGGAUGCCAACAGACGUAUUGGAAGACUGAAGGCAGAAAAGAUGUCCCAAGAGCUAGCAGUCAGGGGCUGGAUCUGUCUGCUCUCCAGCAUUUGACAGAUGCCAAUUCACCUCUUACUAAGUGGCAGGCCAUAAGGUUUCUCCCAGAAGAAAAGGGGAGUAGCUUUAUUCUCACCCUCCCAAACUGGUAACAGCAAAGAUUGUGAGGUACAGUCUGUACUAGCUGUCAUGGCAUUAAGAAGUAUGAGGAAAAAGAGAAAAUGGAGAAGUGCACUGGGAGUGACAAUGAUAAGUGAAGGAAGGAGGAGAACAACAGAAAAAAAUUAAUUCAAAUCUUCAGAGAAUUCCCUCAAGCAGCAGUGAGAAAGGCAGCUUAUUUAAGUUUACAUUCUUACCUGUUCUGCUCAGAGCAUUUUUUAAGAACAGAAUAUCACUAAAUGCUUAACUUUAAGACCUCCUCUACUUGUCAUGGUCCAGCUUUUGGGAAUAAGUUAAUGAUGCUAGAGUCAAGUGUGAAGGUUCAACAAAUCAAACCCAGCAGCUCCUUGCAGACGCUUCCUUUUCACUGUUGACAAAUGCUAAGGACAGAGUAAAAGAGGAGGAAUGAUUCAUGACUAAAGGGAGGAGAACAAUCCAGUGUUUCACCCAGAGGGUUUAAAACAGGUUCAUGAGCUCUUCAGAGCUAUAAAUGUAUCUUCUCUUUGAUUAAAGGUAGCUCUACUAUCACUUCUCCUUAGAGGCUUUCCCUCUAAGAGCAGAACUUGUCCUGACAGGUUAAGAGUUUGUGGUAUUUAUACUCUUUAAAGCAAUUUUCAUCAAUGUUUUAAACUUCUGAGGCUAAAUAUUUAUUUUUAAUAUUUUCUUGAAUAUCUGCUUUGAAUUCUGCUUGCU